AUGGGGGCAAUGAUACGAAACGUAAAGUGUCUGGUUCUGAAUUCAGGAACUAAUUCAUCUGAUGUGUGUGGUCCGCGACACCACAGUACGAGAAUUCGCCAAUGGGGCUGGGCAGUUCCUUCCAAUUAUGAUGAUGACAAUGAUGGAAAUGAGGGAAGGCGCGUUGGGCUGAUUGACGAUGAUGGGGACCGCACAAGGGUGCGUGUGGCUCCAUCAACACAAACAUCUCGCACCACCCCAGAGCCAAAUCCGCACACCCCUCUUACACCAUCACAAAUCACAGCUCGGAAGUAUCGUCCAAUGUUCGGGAUUUUGGAGGCGGCUGCGGUCCCUCACUCGGGCAUCUUCAAUACCUAUGAAGACCUCAUGCUCGAUCUCAACAGGCGCAUGGAAAGGGAAGGCUACAAAAUUGUCAAGGCGAGAUCCCAUCGUAACAAGAUCGGCGGCGGUGAUGUGGCCGGGAACGAGAUAGUUCGCUGCGAUCUGGUGUGUGACCGCGGAGGACGACCGUACAAAUCUACAGCUACCAAACACAAGACGCACACCAAGAAGACGGGCUGCCCGUGGAAGGCAAAGGCCGUGAAUCGCAAAUCAGUUGGCGGCUGGGUUCUGACCGUAUUCUGCAACGAACACAAUCACGAGGCCGGAACACCUGAACCUCCCAGCGUACCGGAGGCUUGCGAAGAGGAUGGUACCGAUGCAGACAAUGAAGACGAAAUUCAUGCCGGACCAAGACCAGAUCCCGAGACUUCGGCAGCCCUUCGAGUCGCGGGAGUAUCGGACAGCACUUUGCGCCUAACUGGAGACACAUUCCAUCACCUCAAGACGGAAUACCGAAAGAUGACACAAGGAGACCGUCUUAAUGCCCUGGCACAGCUGCAACUGCGAAUAGCAGCGCUUUAUGCUGUCCAGAAUGAAGAUAUGCAGAGGCAGAGACGGCAAGAAAAUCAGCAUCAGCGUCAUCGGGCCGUCGACGCCAGCAGGAACACUCUAUCCACGCAAAAAUACCGUGCGCGAAGACACCCGAGAACCCAAGAUGAGCAGCAGAAACAGGCAACCAAUCUCCCAGCAGAGCCCGAGCUGUCGUUGACCGAGGACCUCGUGCACAUAGGUCCCAACCACACUCCAGAUGCGUUAAUGCAGGGGCCACAUUUCCAACUGACCGUCCCUGGCAGUGCAAUGGACAGUGUCGAGAUGCCACAAUAUCACGGAUCCUCCAAGAGGAUGAGGCCGUACCGAACCCAAGGCACAUGA